AUGCAAACGCAGCCCAAGAAGGGAAUAAAUGCUCGACGGCAUAACAAAACCAAGUUGUUCAUGUAUCAUGGAGGAAUCAACGGCGCGUACGAGGCCAUCUACCACGGCGUACCAGUGGUGGGGAUACCAUUGUUUGCCGAUCAGAUCGACAACCUCCUGCGUCUGUGGAGCCUCGGUAUGGCAGAGUACGUGAAAGGCGGAAUACGUGAGGUCAACAGUGAUACGCUGUACCAACUCAUCAUGAAAGUGGUAUCUAAUCCGAGCUACAAACGUCACGCAGUUGCAGCAUCAGAGAGGUAUAGGGCCCAGCCGCAAAAGCCAUUGGAAAAAGCCACUUUCUGGAUCAACCACGUUCUCAACCACGGCGCCGAGCACCUACGGACAAAGAGUAGAGAGCUGUCAUGGAUUCAGUAUCACAUGCUGGAUGUAGCGGGUGUGUUAGCCAUUCCAUUCGUCCUCUUCAUCUGGGGCGUACGUUUCUGUUUAUCAGCCUUGUGUUGCCGUGCUAAAUCAGCAGGACAGCAGUAUAAUACACGCAAAUGAUGCCAUAACCAUUUCCACCGAAUAAACGCCACGAAACUUGAUGUCAAUCAGCACAUGUUGUAAUUACGAAGCACCGUUCA